AUGAAAACACAGUGGAGUAAAAUCCAAAUGGCAUGCCUGUCUGAUCAAUAUUUUACAGCUGAAUUGAUCGCUUAACAUGUUGCAUUGUUAGGUUAACAGCUGUUCACCUGAUUUGAAGCUGUUUACGUAAAUUUAUAACUGCUCUUACAAAAGAUAGAGAAUAUUGGAUUAUCCAUAGUUACACAAUUGCUUUAGUGUAAAGCAGUAGAGAAUGAAUUGGGGCAAAGUUAUUAUUGUAAACAAUUACAUAAAAUUUAAAAAAAUGAUGAAAUUGUAUUAAAGAAUCAAAAUGAAACAUAAUACUUAGUGGCAGUAUAAUAUAAAAAUGUGCAAGAUAUAUGUCAUGAAUAAUCUUAUACUAAAUCACUACUAUGAAUUAAACUGAAAGUCCAUGGAAAUUAAUACCCUCCAAAUAUCCUGUUUGGGAGACUGUAAUGAAAAGUUUGUGCAGUAAGUCAUUGAGCUUGUUGGCGCAUGCGCAGUGUCUGCUUCCUCUUCAUUUGUCGGUCAUUGAGAGGCGUCCAUGAAGAGACAGAUUAAAGGGCUCCAUCCAGGGUUGCCAGAAUGGGAUUUAAUUGAACAGAUUUAAUUUGGAAAGGUUCUCUUCAAAUGGUCCAAGCAUAUAAUCUGGCCCAAAAACUAAAUAAAUAAAAUAAAAAUUACAACAUAGUGAUAAUGAUUUGAUUUUUCAGCAUAAAUGUUUAAAUGCAUCACUGAUAAAAAUCCAUCAUUCGGCUUGUCAAUCAGCUUCAUCCACUAAUAUGUCUAUAUAAUUAUAUAAAACUUUCCAUAACAAGAAAGAACUUUCAAUAAUAUCCUAAACUAUUAUAAUUCACUAUCCAGUUUAACUGCAAAUAAUCCAUACAGUACACACAUGUGAAGCAUGUCAAAAUAAGCUAAUAAAUAAUAGAAAUGAAGGCACCUAUUAGAUUAAAAAAGUGACCUUUCCAAUUUAAUCAUCAUUUGUUUAUAGAGAAUUCCCUUUGUUUUAAACUGCCAUCUGACUGGAAGCUGAAAUCCCAAUCUGGCAACGCACAACUGUCACUCUAAUCCGCUCUGAGAGGCUUAGAAAUACUAUGUGGAGAAGGCACUGGCAUACUGUUUAUUUAUUUCUGAUUUUGCAAUGAAAAUACACUGCCUAAAAUUUAAGCAUUAAAUCUAUUUGAAAUUAUUCAGAAUAUGUGGUUCCUCUUAAUGAUCAGUUUUCCAGUCUGACAGCAGAUUUUUCUUUCCAUUUUGCUUGAAACUUACAUUAAAUUGUUUAAAUUGAAAAGCCUUAGCACCAAGAUGAAGGACCGACUGGCACAGCUGAAGGAGAAAACAGACCAAGCACCUGAUGAUGUGGAGAUCCAGGUGGAAAAUAAAGAAUUUAUGGAUGAGUUCUUUGCUCAGAUUGAAGAGAUCCGCACCAGUAUUGAGAAGAUUGAUGAGAAUGUGACUGAGAUAAAGCGCCUGUAUUCUCUUAUCCUCUCUGCACCUACCUCAGACCAAAAGACACAAGACGACCUGGAAGCCAUCACCAAUGAAAUCAAGAAAUUAGCCAACAACGUUCGCAACAAACUCAAAAGCAUCGAGCAGAGUUUGGAGUCAAAUGCAGAGGAGAGAGUUUCAGCCGAUAUGCGGAUAAAGAAAUCUCAGCACGCUGUCCUAGCAAGAAAGUUUGUGGAGGUUAUGACCAGGUACAAUGAAGCACAAGUAGAAUUCAGAGACAAGAGCAAAGGGCGGAUCCAGAGACAGCUAGAGAUCACGGGUAAAACCACCACUGAUGAGGAGCUGGAGGAGAUGCUGGACGGUGGCAAUGCUGCUGUCUUCACAGCAGGGAUCGUGGACUCGGCCAUCUCCAAGCAGGCCUUGAGUGAAAUUGAAGCGAGACACAAAGACAUCAUGAGACUGGAGAGCAGCAUUAAGGAGCUGCAUGACAUGUUUGUGGACAUUGCCAUGCUAGUGGAGAAUCAGGGAAGCAUAAUUGACAGGAUUGAAAGCAACAUGGACCAGUCUGUGGGCUUCGUGGAACGAGCAGUGGCUGACACCAAAAAAGCAGCCAAGUUCCAACAGGAAGCCCGGAGGAAACAGAUGAUGAUCACAUUGUGUUGCAUCAUUCUUGCGGUCAUCAUUGGCUCCCUCGUGUACAGCUGGUUGAAGUGAAGAGGUCCAAGAGCCAACUCAGAGUGGAGUCUUAGACAUCAAUCAAGAGAUGAUGCUGCAGACUCACAGGCUUUCUUUGCCUUUCCUCUCUUUUAUAUUUCCAUUGUUUGUCCUUGUUUUCAUUUUUUUUUUUGUUAUCCUAAAUGUUCAACUUACUUUACUUGCUCUUUGUAGGCCUACAUAACAGUCUGCUAUGUGUAAUCCCUUUUUGUGAAGAGUCAGGUUUUUUUUUUUUUUGGGUAGGUAGACCAGAAUAAUAGUAUUUAUUUUACUGAAAGCACAAAUUCUGAGUUUUAACUGAUGCACUGCCAUUAUCUGCCGGUGGAGGGCGCUUAUGCUGUAUGUUUUAUGAACACUCAAUGGCUGUGUGCUAAAAAUGAGAGCUUCCUCCUGAAAUCAGGUUCACCUACUUAAAAACAAUCAAUGAAGUUGAAUAAAUAAACGAAUAAUUGAAAAGGAAUGGAAAACGUUUUUUUUU